GUUGUUCUGCAACCGCAGGAGAAGGUCGUUGAGGUGCCUGUGACACUGACACAGGAGCGCCCUGUCGAAGUGCCCCAGGUCCAGAUUGCAGAAUUGAUGGUCCAGGUGCCUAAACCUGAGGUAGAGAUGGUGGACAAAGAGGUGCCGAAACUGAUCCUCCAGCCAGAGGAGAGAAUAGUUGAAGUUCCCCAGGUCUUCUACGAGGAGAGAUUACGGCACGUGCCACAAGUUCAGAUAGCUCAGGCUGUGAAGGAGGUGCCGAAUUAUCAGAAGCAAGUUGUGCAGAAGCACGUGCCCAAGAUCGUCGAGACCAAGGUGGUCGAGAAGGUCGUACCGGUGCCAGUGAACUUGGUUCGAGAGACUGCUGUGGAGGUCCCAAAGGUGGUGCAGCACGAAGUGAUUCGACAGCAGGCUUCUGGUCCAAUGCAGCAGAGGAUCAUCCAGACAGGCCGGCAAUAUCAGCGAACCGCGACGAAGGAG